AUGCCGGGCCUUGCGGCCUUGAUGGUGCUCGCGCUCCAGUGCACUCAAUUCGCCGAGGCCAUCCCAUCUCGCUUGAGCCCAAGGCGCGGCACUGCGUUCUCCGCUAUAAGUGAGUCAUUCGGACCAGCUCAUUCUCGUGAGCGUGAGAUCGUGAAUAAAGAUGUAGCGUGGUACAGGAUCCUCCCUGCAAGCUCGGUGCGGUGCACACGAGAAAGUCAAUUUUCUAUCAGGGGCCUGGAGGAAGUCGAAGGCGAUCGCUGAAAAGGAACUCCACGAUGAGCGUGAAUCAAAGCAAACUAAUUAAAUGUGCCUAAACACCUCAGUGCCCGAACGCCAAAAGCAAUGCGAACCCACCACAAUCGAGUUUGCCAACUCGGGUAAUCUUCGCCCUUUGACCGUUGUCGUCAUCCUGGCCCAGAAUCUACCCGAGCGACUCCGCACCAACAAGCUGUUGCCGCCUGCAACUUCGACGCUCGAACGUUUCAAGGGCUGCCGAAUCCUUCAGAGCUUCACGGUCAAGAAACGCGACUAUGAUCCUCUCACUUUUACUCCUUUGGCCAAACGCGGCGACAAUAUCGAAGUGAGUGGUGUCCAGUUGAGGUGAAAGUCAUGAGCGAUUGCCUUAUCUCCUUUCCAAUCUUCCUAGAUUUUCGCCUUCUUUCCCAAUGGUACCGGUCAGAAUAUGUGGCUGCCUCGUACGAUCUCCUCCGGCUCCUCGUCCACUUGCUUGCCGUGCGCUCGUACCGAAUACAAGGACACUACCAGUGAGCCCGCAUAAUUCUCAACACCCGUUCAAGCUAUCUAAAAGGACUUUUUACUGAGCCCUGAGCCUUCCAUAUCUACCUCAAUCGCAGCCAACAAAUGCACCGCUUGCUCGUCUCUGUUCGCCAACUCGACGUCUUGCACCGCAACCGCUGCGACGACUUGGUGAGUUGCAACCUUCCUAGCGCCCAUAUGAGCGAUCUUCUGACCCCAAGAGCUCUGCUUCUUCGCCAGCUCUUACGGCGUUAUCACCGGCGGUAAGUGUGUGGCCAAGCGCUGCUCGACUCGUCAAUACCCCGGUCCCAACGGCGAUCAGUGCACUCCUUGCCCCGAUGGGGGAGCGCGUAGCUGUGACGCGCAAGGGAAGAGCACUUCAUGCACGAUCGGUUCUCCUACGGAUGGUGUCUGUGCGUGCCCGACUGCUACCUACCCCGCUCCGAAUGGUACGUACUUUUGCAGCCCGCGGACGUUGCGGCACCCCGGUUGACCCAUCGGCCCCCUGUCUCAUCCUACAGGCCGCAGCUGCUUGCCCUGUCCUGCGAACGCGACCGCGUGCGACAAUACUGGUCGGGCGACCAACUGCAGUUAUGGUAUUAUCACCGAUGCUGGCAAAUGUCAAGCGGUGACGUGCCCGCAUCAAAGUCCAGUCAGCACCAAGGGUACGUUGCCCAACUCCAGACUUUGAUUAGGAGCGACUCGAACUGACGUUUGACAUUCUCUACAGGUGACGAGUGCUGCGCCGACAAGGCCGCUUCCGCCUGCUCGAGUGCCAACAUCUCCACCCAAUGCGCUUAUGCCUUUAAACUGGGUGACUACAACUCGACUUCGAACUCGACAUUCUGCACCGGCCCGUUCUCGUCCCGUUAUGCCAGUGAGUGAUCAAGCUGCGCGAUCGGGAAUAGGCGCUUUGAACGAGAUUGGGGACCGAGCUGACUCAAAACGCCAAUCGUAUCAUUUGCCAGGAAAAUACAGUUACGGCAUGGUCACGACAGGAUUCUUCCUCAGUAGUGCGGCCACCACGGCGGUGCAAUGUGCGCUUACUUGGCCGACUUGAUCAUCCCCUACGUUUGGUUUUACAGUGAUGAGGGGGUCACGGUGAACGGCACGACCUCGCAGUGCCGCCUGGUACCCUACCCUAAUCCCAAGACGUCCAACGUCACGAUGUACACCGGGUACGAUAUUGGGGUUUUUGGGACGUGCGCCCAGUCGAACGCGGUUUGGCCGUUGGCGGAUACGGGUGAUGCGACGUGCAAGGAGUACAACCUUGUCAAUCAGUUCACCGGGCCCGGCACUGAUGGAUGA